CCUCAUACACAGAAGCAGGAAGCAUCGGUUUUUUGGUCUGAACGUGCAGUAAAAUGGCAGAAUCCUGUAUUUCAGUGGAGCAGUUCUUGUGUCCGGUGUGUCUGGAUCUCCUGAAGGAUCCAGUGACCAUCCAGUGUGGACACAGUUACUGUAAGAGCUGUAUUACAGACUGCUGGGAUCAGGAGGAUCAGAAGAGAGUCUACAGCUGUCCUCAGUGCAGACAGACCUUCAGUCCAAGACCUGCUUUAUUUAAGAACGUGGUGUUUGCUGAACUGCUGGAGAAACUGAAGAAGACCAAACUCCAAAGUGCUGUUCCUGCUGGAGCUGGAGAUGUGCAGUGUGACGUCUGUACUGGAAGAAAACACAAAGCCAUCAAGUCCUGUCUGGUGUGUCUGAACUCUUACUGUCAAACUCAUUUUGACCAUCAUGAGGAGUUUAAUUCACGUAAGCCACACAAAAUGAUUGAAGCCACUGGACGACUGCAGGAGAUGAUCUGUCAGAAACACGAGAAGCUCCUUGAGGUUUUCUGUCGCACUGAUCAGAAGUGUAUAUGUGUGCUGUGUAUGGAUGAACAUAAAAACCACAAGACUGUAUCAGCCGCAGCACAGAGGACAGAGAAACAGAAGCAGCUGAAGAAGAUGCAGAAGACGCUCCAGCAGAGAAUCCAGCAGAGAGAGAAAGAUCUCCAGCAGCUGAGAGACACUGUGGAGUCUCAUAAGCGCUCUGCACAGACAGCAGUGGAGGACAGUGAGAGGAUCUUUACUGAGCUCAUCCGCUCCAUUGAGAGAAGCCGCUCUGAGCUGAUACAACUGAUCAGAGAUCAGGAAAAGACUGCAGUGAGUCGAGCUGAAGAACGACUGAAGCAACUGGAGCAGGAGAUCAAUGAUCUGAGGAGGAGAGACGCUGAGCUGGAGCAGCUUUCACACACACAGGAUCACAUCCAGUUCUUGCAGAGUUUGCAGUCUCUGUCUGUUUCAGAAUAUAGACUCAGCACAGCACUUCAGGUGACUGUCAGCUCUCAGUUGACCUUUGAUGAAGUGAGAAGAUCUGUCUCUCUACUGAGAAAGGAGAUUGAGGAUUUUUGCAAAGAUGAAAUAGAAAUCAUAUCUGAUAAAGUGAAAUUAGUUGAGCUCAUUCCUUCCCCUGAACUCAAGACCAGAGAGGAGUUCUUACAAUACUCUUACCAGUUGGCUCUGGAUCUGAACACAGUGAACCCCCUCCUUGGACUGUCUGAUGGGAACAGCGUUAUCUUUCAGGGUGACAUGUGCUAUGGGUAUCCGGAUCAUCCAGACAGAUUUGAUUACUGGGAGCAGGUGUUGUGUACAAAGAGAGUGUGUGGACGCUCUUACUGGGAAGUUGAGCAGAGUGAGAAAGGUAUGAUGGAGGUAGCAGUGUCAUAUAAGAACAUCCGUAGGAAGGGAGAGGUUGAGAGGAGGGAUUGCUUGUUUGGAUGUAAUGAUCACUCCUGGAGUUUAUUCUGCUCUUCCUUCAGAUGCUCAUUCACUCACAAUAGCAUAGAGACUGAUCUCCCUGUAAAGUCCAUCAGCAGGAGAAUAGGAGUGUUUGUGGAUCACAGUGCAGGAACUCUGUCCUUCUACAGCGUCUCUGACACAAUGAGCCUCAUCCACACAGUCCAGACCACAUUCACUCAGCCGCUCUAUCCUGGGUUUAGAGUUUAUUAUGGAACAACCAUGAAACUAUCCAAUUUAUCAAAAUAGAGAUAUUCUACCUGAAUUUGUUUUAAAUCAUUGCUUUAAACUGCAUUAUAAAUUAGAAAAAAAAAGUUAUCUGGUGUCUUGUUUUCCAUAAACAAAUAAGUAGGUGAGAUGUUGCUCAAAAUGUAACAUUAAUCUAAUAGUGGUUGUAAAAGUGGAAUAAGAAUAAAAAUGAAAGAUUAAUCACUGACUUACAGUACAAGCAUGACCAUAUGGUUUUGGACCCCUUGAUUGUGUAUUGUACAGAGUUGCUUAUGUUUAUUAUUAUUAUUUCUUUAAAUAAAACAUUGGUCAGUAGUGUGACCUGAUGGACUGUAGCUGUUUUGAUUUUCCUGUGACAUUUAUAUGCAGUAUUUAUAAUUGAGUAUGAAGUGUAUACAGCCCUGAUCAUAUUAACCUGCUAUAUAAUACUGGUUAUUCACUGUACAAUCAAAAAACCUGACACUGAUCUUUUAUGGUUUUCAAGCUAUAAUUACUAGAGGAAAUGCAUGCAUAGUAUAUAAGGUUUUGCUAGAAAAAAUCUGGAACAACUGAAAGGGAUUUUGUUCCAAUUUUCUAUUAUGUUCUGCCAAAUAUGCUGUUCAUUUUUGUUCCUUAAACCAGCAACAGUGU